AUGACGAUAUCCAUAUUCCGUUGCCGAAGAGUAAGCCUCGCGACAAAGUGCUGCUUCCCACCGGGCCGUCCGACAAGAGCGCAGAUAGCUGGAUCGACGAUCUGGAACGAAACCGACGGCCUUACCGCUGCAGCGCCCAUGCCUUGGAUGUUUGGAGGUUCGGCCCCGUUCACGUGUAGGACACCGUUUGAUGGCGACCCUCGAGAUUGGCUUCUCUUUGCCUCAAGAUUUCGAGCCCUCGUCCACGACGUCAUUCCGAACGAUGCCCAGCGUUUGGCCAUUCUUACCGAGUGGGUUGGCCCUAGCGUUUUUCGCCGCAUCUCGCCAUUGUUAAAGGCUCCUCGUGGGUACACUGCAGUUCUUGCCUAUCUUAAGAAGCACUACGGUUCGAGCGAGCAGAUCGCUCGCUGUCAAAUACACGAUCUUCUUAGUCUUCCCUUCGUCAAGCCGGGUGAUCGCCAGGCGCUUGAAAAUUUUUCUGAUCAGCUGCACGGAGCUGUUGUGGUGUUGGAACAAGGGGGAUUGGAGCACGAUCUUAAGAGUGCUGCUAAUCUUGAUCAGGCAGUACAGAAGCUGCCACCUGUCUUUCGCCAUCGCUGGGCCCGUUACGCACGUAAGCGCUUACCGAAAGGUGUCGACCUCAGCGACUUGGAUCGGUUUAUGGAAGAGGUCGUGGAAGAGGAGCGGAUGGCUCGUUCGGCAUUCGAGUUGGCGCCUAAGAUUGAUCUUCGUGAAAAGCGUGUUACGUUUCCCAAGCCAGCCGUUGAAAAGCACCCUUCAAGCAGACCUGCAAUUCUGAAACCGCCACCCGUUCGGCCACCCCCUACCAUCUUAGCCACCCAAAGGAAGUCACCGAGUGAACGAGCGCUGGUGGCGAAAGAGAAAGGCGUAUGUUUCAACUGUCUUGGAGGAAAGCACCGCAGUGCGGAUUGUCGUUCAAAACCCGCUUGUGAAUCCACCGGAUGCCGUGCACGUCAUCAUUCGCUGUUGCAUGGUGCGGGAGAGUUUUUCCUGAGAAAAGCACACCUCGUCAGUUCCCGUCUUCCGUCGGAGGCCAAGAAUGUUUUCAGGACCUCAAACACUCGCCAUUGCUCCCGCCUGACAUCCGAUGUUCUCUUGGCCGUGGUUCCCGUCCGACUUCGUGCGGGUUGCCGGACUCUUGACGUUUUCGCCCUACUCGACACCGGGAGCCAAGCUACCCUUUUGCGUGAAGACGCGGCUAAUGCGCUUGGUCUUACGGGCCGGCCACGCAAAAUUCGUUUUGGAACCUUCCAUGGGAAAGAUCCGGUCGUCGAGACUCGUCUUGUGGGCUUCUCCGUUUCGUCGCUAGAGGGAGACCAAAGCUACAAGGUUUCCGACGCCUUUGUUGUGCCUCGUCUAAAUGUUGGGCAACGCAAGAUAAAAGAUGUUCUCGCUUCGUUCGAUUAUCUUCGUGACCUCAACUUUCCUGCUCGAGACGCUGGUGAAGUCCAGAUUUUGAUCGGGAUGGACGUUCAAGACGCCCAUCUAAACAUCGAGGUUCGUCGCCCUCCAUCUGGAGUUCGGGGCCCUAAUGCUGUGCUCACCCCAUUUGGCUGGUGCGUUGUUGGAAGGACCUACCCAUUAUCGGCAGUGGAAGAUCCAAGCAUAAACUUCGUUAAGCUGGGAACGAUCGAGCAGCUGGAAGAGUGCGUCGAAAGGUUUUGGAAAACCCAAUCUCUCCCAGUUCGUGAGGCCCCCAGUACAUUUAUGUCGUCGUCAGACCGUGCCGCAAUGGACCAACUCGAAUCGACCAUUCGGCACACUGGAACGCGUUACGAAGUAGGUUUGCCCGUUCGCCCGCAUUGCCCGAAGUUGCCGGACAACAAAGAGUUCGCACGUCGCAAGUUCUUCGCACUGGAGAGGAGACUUCUUUUACACAACGACCUUCGCCAAGCAGUUACGGCGCAGAUGAAGGAGGUGUUUUGCAGCGGCCACGCAGUGAAAGUCACUUCUACAGCUCCCGGUUCCAAGGUGUGGUUCCUACCUUAUCAUCCGGUUCGACAUCCAACGAAGCCCAGCAAGAUCCGUCUCGUUUACGACGCUGCUGCCCGGUUUAAAGGAACCGCGAUCAACGACAUCCUGCUGAAAGGUCCGGAUCUCACCACGCAGUUAUUGGCCGUGCUGCUUCGCUUCCGUGAAAGGAGAAUUGGCAUUGCACGAUGUUUCGUUUUUGUGGCGCGAGCCUGGAACCGAAGAUCCUAUCCAGGAAUUCCAGAUGACGGUGCACAUUUUCGGUGCUGUCUCAUCGCCAACGGUUUGCAGCUUUGCCCUUCAGCGCCUCGAAAGGAUGCGCCCGAACACCUGAAGGAAGUCGCGAGGCGUAUUCGUUCCAGCUUUUAUGUGGACAACCUGUUGUCGUCGUUCGACGAAGUGGAUGAAGGCGUUUCCAUCAGUCAGAAGCUGGUUGAACUACUCAAGCUCGGUGGUUUCGACCUCGUCCAGUUUCUGAGCUCUUCGCGUUCGUUGUUGGACCAACUUCCGUCUUCCUCUCGUCUGGUUCCCGAGCUCGAUCUAGAUUUCGACGAUUUGCCAACCGAGCGCACGUUGGGCAUCUAUGAUCCUCUUGGUCUCCUAGCACCCGUCGUUUUGGUGGCGAAAAUCAUCCUUCAGGACAUCUGGCGACUCAAAGGUGGCUGGGAUGAGAUUCUGCCCGCCGAUAUUCUGAAUCGUUGGGGGCGCUUUGUGGAACAUCUGCCGAUGCUCGAACUGCUGAACAUCCCGAGAAGUUUCUUGACUAGUCCCCAGUCGGCGUAUCGUUCUUUUCAGUUGCACGCUUUUUCGGACGCAUCGAAAGACGGUUUUGGUGUUGUAAUUUAUCUUCGAGCUGAAACCUCUGGCGAGGUCGAAGUCUCUUUCGUAAUGGCAAAAGUAAGAGUUGCUCCCAUCCAUCAGCUUUCGAUUCCGAAGAUGGAGCUUCAAGGUGCUUUGCUAGCAGUCAGGUUAGCAAACUAUCUGUUGAAGGAGCUGACUCUGCCCAUAUCGAAUGUGUUUUUCUGGGUUGAUGCGAUGACUGUUGUUCGGUGGAUCCACGCCAGCCAUCGUCGUUACAACGUGUUUGUCGCAAACAGAAUAGCUGAGAUCCUGGAUUCAACGACCCCUUCGCAAUGGAGACAUGUUCCUGGUGCACUUAACCCAGCAGACGAAUGCAGUCGUGGUCUCUGUCCGUCCGAGCUCGAUCCAAAUCAUCGCUGGUACCGUGGACCUGAGUUUCUAGUUUUGCCACCCGAGCAAUGGCCGGCCCAGAUUCCAGCUACUGAAUUGAUCGACCACGAAGACGAGUCCAUUGGCUGUUUCCUAAUCGCCAAUCCUAGCGGGCCAGUAGAUGACGUUGUGGCACGAGCCGAUAAUCUACAUCGCCUAAUUCGCAUCGCCGCUUGGAUUGAAAGAUUCGUUCGCAACAUCCAGAUCCUCGUUCAUCGGAGAUGUGCCAGAGAAAGGUCUAUUCUGGAUGGCAAUCAUGAAGAAGCAGCGACCGGACAAAGUGAGCAGUUGAAAACGGGCCGGCAGCAGAGUGCGGACGAGCUGAAGUCAGCCCGUCGCCUUUUAAUUCGCGUUUCACAGCGCGACUCCUUCCCUGACGAUUUAAGCAGUUUGCGGAAGGCGAAGUCCGUUCGCCCGGAGUCUAGGUUGCUGAAACUGUCCGUUUAUCUAGAUGACGCCGGAAUCAUUCGUGUUGGUGGCCGCCUUGAAAAUGCCCCCAUCAGCGCUGAAGCCCGUCAUCCUGCCGUUCUGGAACCCAAGCAUCCGCUUACCCGAUUGUUCAUACGCUGGGCGCAUAUUUCCGUGGCUCGUGGAAGAGCUGAUCGCACCCUUGCGGAAGUUCGUGCUCGCUACUGGGUUUUGAAAGGACGCGAAGCAACAAAGUCGGUCAUCACGACUUGCCUGUAUUGUUCCCGCAUGAGAGCCAAGCCGUUUCAGCCGAUGAUGGCCCCACUUCCAGCGGAGCGGGUCCAACCGUUCAGCCCUCCAUUUACCCGUAUUGGAGUGGACUACCUCGGUCCUUUCCCUAUUUCAAUUGGCCGGCGAACAGAAAAUCGUUGGAUUGCACUUUUUACCUGCCUCUCCACCCGUGCUAUCCACCUCGAAAUUACCCCGUCGAUGGAUGUGGAUUCCUUUUUAAUGGCUUUUACCCGUUUCGUCAGUCGUCGGGGUGCCCCGACCGAUGUUUUUAGCGACAACGGUACCAAUCUGACUGCAGGAGAGCGUGAGCUGCGUGAGGCGGUUACCCGCCUUAACGACGUGAAAAUCGCUGACCAACUUGCUCGGAAAGAAAUUCGUUGGCACUUCUCCCCGCCUGCUGCCCCGCACUUCGGAGGUGUCUGGGAGCGUCUGGUUCGCUCGUGCAAGGAGGCCCUGCGCGCUAUCCUCGGUCAGCAGACGGUGAAGGAGGAAACCUUUGCAACGGUCGUCAUCGAAGUUGAGGGCCUACUCAACAAUCGACCGCUGACGGAUCUAGGUGCGGACCCGCAAGAAUUCGAGCCGUUAACCCCGAAUCAUUUUUUGUUGGGGCGCCCCAAUCCCCACUUGCCCGCUGACGUCAUCGACCCGGAAAUCAAAUGUCUUCGCCGAAGAUGGUUUCACGCACAGCAAAUCGUGGAUCAGGUGUGGAGCCGAUGGUUAAGGGAAUACCUGCCGACCCUCACGACCCGCAACAAAUGGACCCGAUCGCAAAACAACUUGGAGGUGAACGACAUGGUGCUUAUGGUGGAUCCAAAGUCGCCGCGCGGACACUGGCCAAUUUGUCGUGUUGCGAAAGUUUUACCUGGCUCUGAUGGUGUAGUACGCGCGGCCGAAAUCGUUACGAAGUCCGGCAAGACCUACACCCGCCCAGUUGUGCGAUUAUGUCGCUUGGAAGCCUUGAGUGCUGCUUAA